CGAGGUGGCCCAGAAAAAUGAAAAUAAGAGGAAUACUACACGGUCUCUCCUAGCUACUUGUCCUCAAGAGUGUCCUCAAACUCAGAAAUAAAAAGGCGGUAAAGCCACCUGUUAGCUUAGACAUUGGCUUAGCAUUUGGAGUGGAAAUGUAUUUGGUCAGCUGAGGAAAAAUGUCAUAGUAAUAAAGAGGAUCUCUUUUUAAAAUUCACACUCAUCAUUUUUAAAGGUCCAGAAAAAAAGGUAAACUAGAACUCAGUUUUUUUAAAACAUAAAACGCUGAAGUUAUAGAAAGUGGAUGUCUGUAAACUGGAAUUCGUUCAACUAUUAUUAAAGUACUUAAGAGACUAGCCCAGUCCUCAAUGAACUCAGACUAUUUUUAGACUUAUUUUUCUUUUUCAGUUCUUUCAAAGGGCUCAUCAGUUUAGAAAACUGCCCUGUUUUAUUGGCCACGAUAUACAUAUUAGUUUUUUAAAUGUGUAAGAUGUAAGCAGAGUAAGUUAAACAUAAUUCAACUCAAACAUGAUUAGUCAGAGGCAAAACGAUCUUAGAAUGUUCCAAGCAGAAGGGAUCUUGGAGCUACUUGAGCUUAACAUCCCAUCCCCUUUCCCCAUUUGACCAAGGCCAAUAAAGGGACUUACCUAACUGGCCCUAGAGCCCAGUCUCCUGCUUCUUGAGUCAAGCGUCCUUAAUUACUGUAUGAUGUGUGCUGAAGUACAGUGGUUACCAGUUACUCGGGAGCUGAGCUUCCAAAAAUUUAUUGAACAAUCUGACUUACUAGAAGAACUUAAAUAUGACUUCAAUGAAAAAGCUGAAUUGAGACACACUGAGACACAAAGGCCUUUUGUUUUUAACUAUUAUAAAAAUGUCUUUGAGAGGAACAGCAAGCGCUACCAGGCCCUUGGCUAUUUGCUUGAACAAUAUAUUUAUGAGCUUUUGGAGAAAGUAUGCAAAUUACAAAAAGUAUAUAUCCCACCAGAGGCUGAUAAAGAACCAAGAAGCUUCUUUUUCAUGAGUGAGAGAGCAUUAACAAGUCAUCGUUCUGUUCUUCUUGUUCUUCUUCAAGACCAAGGAGUCUUUAGAGCUGGUCAGUGGAGUCAGCAGGCAAUAAUACAUCAUGGUCUCCAACAUGGAAGUCAGAUACCAUGUAUUCAAAUGGCAUUGCAGGCACAUUAUGAUGUAAUUGUGCUAAACCCCAAUGACAAUUUCAUCGACCUAAACAUGGAAGAAGAGCGGAAAGGCCUUUUAACACAAACUAAGGGGUCAUCUUCCCUAAAAAUGGUUCCAGAAGAGAACUUUUUAUCUGUCCAGCAACCUCUCCAGUGCACCCCUAAAAGAUGCAGCAACACUCCUGAAGAACACAUGGCUUACAUUUGGGAUUACUUCAUUUCAAAGACUGAAGGCAAGGAUGUUGCCUUCAUUGUACAUGGUUACGGAGGCUUGGUUUUUAUGGACUUACUUGUUCGUAAAAAGUGGGAAGUGAUGAACAAAGUAUAUGCUGUUGCCUUUAUUGACUCUGAACAUCAUGUAGGACACCAGCUGGGAAGUGAUGUUCAGUUAUUGGCCUGGAUAAAGCACCACUGCCGUGAAUGGGUGACAAGCCCUAAGCCUUUGGAUAAACCUGCAGCUACUGUUUUAAAACAGGAGUUUCCUAUGGUUUCUGCUGGUACAGAAAAACACAACUUAGCCCCUUCCUCUAGCCUUCAGUCAAUUUUUAAAUACUUUAAAAAAGCUUUGAAAGCCAAAACAACUAUUAAUUUUUCUCGAGUGCCAAUAGUAACUAGAAGCUCCACAAAAAGAAAGCAAAUUGCUUAACUUACUUUUUUGUCACCUAAGAUUUUUUUGUCCCACUGAAAUGCUGCGAAUGUAGAUGCUAGAAGAAAAAGAAUACUCUGCAGUAUUGUGUUAUGAAAAGAAUAUACACAGUGUUAUAUUCUGGCUUGAGGUUUGAUUUGUUACUUUUUUUGGAAAGUGAAUAUGUUCUUUUUUGUAGCCUAUUGAUGAGCUGGGCGUCAGUCAACGCCAUCAUUAAUAUUUUACAGUAUUAGUCAAGUUAGAGGAUCUUUUGAAAACUUCUCUUAUGUCUUAAUAGAAUGACACCAAAACUGCAGUUGAUAGAAAUUAAACACUAAGUCAGUCUUUGGUUUCUAUGUUGUUAAUGCCAUACUAAAAUUAUAAGUGAACAUAAAAAUGAUUAUAAACUCC